AUGAAUGCAUCCGGAGUCCCAACACCUUUUAUGGGAUCAGGAAUAAAACAAGAUCUGCAUUUGUUGUUCAACAAGUUCUCCGCUAUCGAAUCUGAUAAAAUCCGCGACUUCAGCGACGUUUUUCGGGAAUUACACUUCGAAACUAUCUUUCAUUAUCGGCUGAACCCAAUCGAGUGCUUAGAAUUCAGUGAGUACUUACUUCAAAACGCAGCUUUAUAUUUUGAUAAAUAUAAUGAAAUCGGAGAUUCGAGAUCGCUUAAAGAACGAUUGUUUGGUAUAUACGUCUGUUAUGCCCUGUACAAUUUACAGCCAGUCGAUCACAUAUGCCAGAUACCUGUCACACUUGCACAGUUCGAAGAACUGCUUACAUUUCAGAAGAUCCUAGCAUCGAAGAAAAUGCUCGAGCCGCUAGCAGCACUGAAAAGUCUCCUUCUCCAGAAAGCAUUUCGAUUGAAAUUGUUCCAGUCGAUGUACGAUCCCGUGACUCACAAAAAGUAUUUAUCAGAAGAAGAACUUCCAAACUACAGCAGAAAACCGAUCGAGCCGUUUUCGAGAAUCAAACAAAUUCAGAGUCAUCAAGCGUUUGGUGAAUUGAAAUAUAUACAUAAUAUGUAUACAAAGUUUAAAAGAAAAUUGGGAUUGACUGAUAUUCAGUUGAUCGAUAAAGUGAAUCCAAUCGAAGAAAUUCAAAAAAAUCUAGAACAUCACGAAAAGGAACUUCAGUCGGUCAAGACGAAAGAAGACGAGUCGAACGAGAAAUUAGUUGAAUCUGCUGGAUCCAGUCGAUCAGCGUUAAGAAGCAAGGCUUAUUCUGCUGGUUUGAAACACACUAGACAAAGGAGGCAUCUUGAUCCUAACAUGGAAGAGAACUUCAAACAUCUUACAUUCGGACAAAUUGCUCAAGAAUGUUUGGAAGAGCCAUCUAGUCACCUUGGUCCGAGUGAGCGGCCCGUGAAGCGCAAACGGCGACCGCGAACGUUUGAUUCCGAACCACUAGAGCAGUUAGAUGGCCAUGCAAUGGCUGAACAAGUUCUUCGUGACGAAUAUGCAGCACGUGUCAAACCUGAGCCAGAAGGAACAUCCGGUGUUGCGAAAAUUCGAGCUCCCAAACGAACGAAUGUAAAGUUGAUCCAGGUCAAAACAGAACCAGUUGAUAACCAUAAUACACCGAUUACUGCAUCUCAAAUUGAUGCAUCAUUCAAAUCACCUGAAAAGAAGAGACCCACUCUGCAGCAGGAUGUGAAACCAAAAAUCAGCAACGAAUGGGCGAAUAAACUACAUGCAUGGACUGGACAAGUUGAGGCUACUGACAAACAAUUGAAAAAGCUGAAAAGUCAAAUUAAGCUUGAAAUGGUGGACGAAGAUGAAUAA